AAAUUAUCCAAAAUAAAAAAUCCAAAAACGUUGAAAACACACACACACACACACAAUACUAAAUCCAAAACCAAACCAAACUCUUUGUGAUGGUUGUACCCAAACCCUUUUCGGCUAUAUAAUUAUAAACAUAAUAUCAAAUACACAUAUAGAGUAUAUAGAUACAUACGUGCGAUAGCGUUAGCUGCAUUACGAUCCAAGUCCAAGCAAAUCAACCGGGAGCUAAGCCGUACUACAGACUAACUAAAGUUAAAGCCACUGCUCCACGUUUCUCAGCUUAGCUAACGCCACUGAUCAAAAAAGUAAAAGUAAACAGAAGAUUUUGUCCAAUAGCCAAACUAGCUGCAAAAUCAAACAGUCGAUCAAUCGAUCAAGCGAAUCGCCAGCGCCUCAGUCAAACAAAUGGCAACGAGCCUGUUUUCUUUCUAAGUACAUUUGGCCAAAAUUGAUACAAAUUUAAUUUCGUUUCGAAUCGGACAUUUUGCGGCCAUAACAACAACAACAAUAAAGUUUUGCGUUCGCGAAAACGCCAAAAUCCUGCUAAUCCUUUAAAACGUAAACGAAAACGAAAAGUGUGCCCAACAAAACGCAAGAAACCAAAUAAGCGAAAGUUCAACAAAGCAAACAAAACGCAACGCGCAACAACAACAAAUUCAAAGUUUAAACAUUUCGUUAAUAAUCAUUGAAGCCCAAAGCUUAAUACUGAACGACGAGAUGGCUUCCGAACUGGAUCAAUUCGCCGAUUUGGAAUUAUCAAAAGAGGAUCGUGAGCAAAUCUUCGAUCCGCCAUUGGAUCGGCAGCAAUUGGAAGGUGCUGGCACCUCAAGUGUUACAACAUCAAAAAUCUUAAUAAGCGGCAUACCGCUGCAAACACGUUUCGAAGACAUCGAACCGCUCCUGAAGCCCUAUGGCAUCGUCAAACAAUGUGAGGCUAUUUCUAGUAAGGAUCAAAACUCUCAGACAGUACAUAUAACAUUCGAAAAUACUGAGCAGGCGCAAAGAGCUGCUAGUGGUCUGAACGGUGUCGAGUUUGAGGGCAGUAAACUGCACGCAGAGCAACUGGAUAAGAAUCAGCGGCGCAGCCAACGGAAUCAGCGCAAUCCGUAUCCGGGCAUGCCGGGUCCCGGACGCCAGGCGGACUUUCCGCUGCGCAUUUUGGUGCAAAGCGAGAUGGUGGGCGCCAUCAUUGGACGCCAAGGCAGCACCAUUCGCACCAUUACACAACAGAGUCGGGCGCGCGUUGAUGUCCAUCGCAAGGAGAAUGUUGGCUCGGUGGAGAAAUCCAUAACGAUUUAUGGCAAUCCGGAGAACUGCACCAAUGCAUGCAAACGCAUAUUGGAGGUUAUGCAACAGGAAGCGCUAUCCACGAAUAAGGGCGAGAUCUGCUUGAAGAUUCUUGCCCACAACAAUCUAAUUGGCCGCAUUAUUGGCAAGAGCGGCAACACGAUUAAACGCAUUAUGCAGGAUACGGACACGAAGAUUACUGUUAGUUCGAUCAACGACAUCAAUAGCUUCAAUCUGGAACGCAUCAUCACUGUCAAGGGCUUGAUUGAGAAUAUGUCGCGUGCCGAGAAUCAGAUCAGCACCAAGCUGCGCCAGAGCUACGAGAACGAUCUGCAGGCGAUGGCGCCGCAGAGUCUCAUGUUCCCCGGUCUACAUCCCAUGGCAAUGAUGUCGACACCGGGCAACGGCAUGGUCUUUAACACGAGCAUGCCGUUCCCCUCGUGUCAAAGCUUUGCCAUGUCCAAGACACCGGCCAGCGUGGUGCCGCCGGCCUUCCCCAACGAUAUGCAGGAGACGACAUAUCUAUUCAUACCGAAUAACGCUGUUGGCGCCAUCAUCGGCACCAAGGGCUCUCACAUCCGCAGCAUCAUGCGCUUCUCGAGCGCAUCCCUCAAAAUUGCGCCCCUCGACGCCGACAAGCCGCUGGACCAACAAACGGAGCGCAAGGUCACGAUUGUUGGCACACCGGAGGGUCAGUGGAAGGCGCAGUAUAUGAUAUUUGAAAAGAUGCGCGAGGAGGGCUUCAUGUGUGGCACCGAUGAUGUUCGUCUCACUGUCGAACUGCUAGUUGCAAGCUCUCAGGUUGGACGCAUAAUUGGCAAGGGCGGACAGAAUGUGCGUGAGCUGCAACGUGUUACAGGUAGCGUCAUUAAGCUGCCAGAGCAUGCGCUGGCGCCACCUUCUGGCGGCGAUGAGGAGACACCUGUGCACAUCAUCGGCCCAUUCUAUAGUGUACAGUCCGCACAGCGCCGAAUACGCGCCAUGAUGCUAUCGACGAAUCCGCCACCAGUGACCAAAAAACAAAAAGCUGCCAAAGAACAACAAUUACAACAGCAACAACAGAACCUAGCCAUCGCCGCGCCAAGUGGGACUCAGCAACAACAACAACAGCAGCAGCAGCAGCAGCAAUUGUCGCCGACGCAGCAGCAGCAGCCGCUGCCGCCGCAAUCGCAUCACCAAUCACCGGUAGCGUCGUCUACGGCGCCACCUGCACAUCAUCAGCAGCAGCAGGCGUCGUCGACAGCGUCCUCCCAUCAAUUGCAGCAGCAGCAGCCGUCGCCGCCUCCCGGCAAUGCCGCUCCGGCCGCCAAUCAGCAGCAGCAGCAGCUGGCGAGCUCACAGCAGUAAACAUUUGCUGCAGCUCUGGAGCGUAUUUGGGGAUGGAGGGAGGGGCAUGAAACACCACAAACAAACAACAGCAAGAACAACAACAAAAAUAUCAAUAGAUAGCCCCACACUCACGAUAAGGAUGCGUUAGGACUUCAAUACAAUCGAACCACUUUGACUACUUGGAGUUGGAGGAGAGCCCCUAAGAGAGCGCGGGCAACCACAGCCAAGAGAAGUAAUAGCAGUAACAUAAACAGGAUAAUCAACAAGGAGCUCACUCUCUCUCUCUCUCUCUAUCUCUCCCGUAUAACAGUUGCAAAUGCCGUUAAGGUCGUAUAUAACUUUUGAAAUUCAUGCGAGAUAAAUACUGUAAACCGUAAAAUAAAAAAAAACAAUCAAACAAAAACGAAACUAAACACAAAGGCCUAUAACGGUAACUGUUCAACUGCAUUGUAAUUGCAACAACAACAUCAACAUCAGCAGCAGCAGCAGCAGCAGCAGCAGCAACAUCAGCAGCAGCAGCAGCAGCAAUUAUCAUAACAAAAACACUAAAAAUUCUACUAAAACAGCGCCCCCCUCCCCUGCAGCCAAUAAAUACACAAAGAAAACAAAAGAGAAAAUUAACAUUAACAACAACAAACAAAAACAAAAGAAAUUUAAGUUUACAAAGUGAAAAGAGAAGUGUUGUUGCAGCGCAAAAACAACCACAAGAAAACAAAAAAACAAAAACAAACCUAAACACAA